AUGGAUAAGGUUAAGGAGUCUAUUCGAAAAUCAUUCAGUGACCCGCAUAAGUAUGCAAAGGUUUUUUACAUCAUUGAUAAAAGGUGGACGGAUCAACUUUAUCAAUCUUUGCAUGCCGCUGGGAAUAUGUUGAACCCAUUAACCUUUUAUGAUAACAAUGAGAUGCGAUUACUAAAUGUAAAAGUGAUGAAGGGAUUUUAUGAGAGUGUUGCUAAGUUGGUUCCCGAGGAAGAUGAGCAAGAUCAGAUAGGGUUACAACUAAGUGCUUAUACUAAUUCUGAAGGAACCUUUGGAUUUUCAAUGGCUAUAAGACAAAGAAAGAAGAAGUCACCAGUUCAUAGCAAGAAGAGGAAUAGACUAACCCUAAAUCACCUCAAUGACCUAGUGUUCAUAAAAUACAAUAGAACAUUGAGGCGUCGUUACAAUGCUGGCAAUGUAAUUGAUCCAAUUGCUUUGGACAAUAUUGAUGAUGCCAAUGAAUGGCUAACCGGAGUUGAGAAUGUUGAAGAUGAUGCAAUUUUUGAGGGAGAUUCCGAAUUAACUUUCGGUGUUGUUGCCGAGGCAAUGGGAGUCGAGGAGAGCCGCUAUGGUUUAAGGGGGAAUAUUUCAAGCCAACAUAGGAGGGGAAAAGAAGUAGCCACAAGUCAUUCCCUAGUUGAUGAAGUUGAAGAAGAUGAUAAGCAAUAUAAUGAUGAUGGAGUACAAGAUUUUGACAAUCUUGUGGAAGAGUAG